UGUUGCAGUACCAAAAUGUUUCCCUUCACACGGUCAUACGUCACCAGCAAACGAUAAUUAUCGCGAAAAAAUGCGGGCUCAGCGACUUGAUAAGACGAUGAAAUAGCUCUCAUGCACGGAACACUUUCCGCUGCUCAUUGUGCAGCGUUCAAGAUAUCUUAUUUCGUGGAUCUCAUAUUCUAACCUGUACGCGUUGUCACCGCGAGAAGAAAGUACCGUUAAGAUUUCAGCCUUUGACAAGUAUGGCAUUAUUAUCUGAACAGAGAAGCUUCGUAACGAUCUCCACCUGAAUGAGGCUGAUAUCAACGAGCAGGAAUUGAUAUUGUUUAUACUGGCUCACGUGCUGUUGCGCUGCGAAGACAUGGGGUCGAACGAGGAGAACAGACUUCCAAACGGCGACGUUCGGGUACAACGAGACGUCGAUUGGGCUAGAUACGGUUUACGGGAUCCGGAGGAGGCGCGGGAUAACGCAAAGAGGGAUAGCGAGGACGGUAACAAUGCCCUUGGGCCGGAAAUGUAUCAGGCCGGUGCAAACGAGCUGUUCGCCCAGGAAUAUAGUUCAGAUCCUUGGUGGAAAUCAAACUUCUUCAUCUCCCAACCUGUGUUGUUCGGCACCUGGGAUGGAGUUUUUACGUCUUGCCUUAUUAACAUAUUUGGUGUAAUUGUAUUUCUGAGGUCUGGCUGGAUAGUCGGUCAAGCAGGCGUUUUGAAUGCAGUAUUGAUCAUCUUUAGUACAGUGUGUAUCGCAUUGGUGACAGUACUGUCGGCUGUUGGGAUAUGCGAACGAUGUAGAGUCGAAAGUGGCGGAGUGUACUUUUUGUUAUCGCACGUGCUGGGUUCCAGAUUCGGCGGCUCCAUCGGACUGCUCUACUGCUUUGGACAGGCGGUGGGUUGUGCUCUAAACGUUUUAGGUUUUGGGGAAUCGAUGGCCGGUCUUGUAGGUUUGGAUUCGGCAUGGGCACAACGCGGCUUCGCGUGCGCGGCCGUUGUGCUAUUGUCUGUAAUUAACGUGGCUGGUGUUAAGUGGGUUGUAAAAUUGCAAUUUAUUCUCCUUCUAAUCCUACUCCUCGCUGGAGUUGACUUCAUGGUCGGAAGUUUCACUCAUACCAACAUCGAUUCUGGUUUUGAAGGCUGGCUAUCAGGAAAUUUGAAAAACAACACUUUCCCCGAUUAUCAGGAUGGAUACAGCUGGUUUACUGUGUUCGGUGUAUUCUUUCCAACGGUUACCGGUGUCUUAGCUGGAAUUAACAUGAGCGGAGAUUUGCGGCAUCCAUCCAGUGACAUUCCCAAUGGUACUUUGGCGGCAUUGGGAACCGGAACAUUUUUGUAUCUGUGCUUUUUGUUGACUCUUGCGGCAACUUGCGUCAGAAAUGCUUUGCUCACCAACUUUACAAUAGCGUCGACGGUAUCGGCAAUCUCGGUGUUGUUACUCGCUGGUCUAUAUGUAUCGUCAUUCAGUAGCUGUUUGGGUGCCAUGUACGGCACACCUCGCGUUCUCCAGUCUAUCGCCAGUCAAAAUGUCAUACCAGGAAUGAGCUGCUUGCAAAGAGGGAGAGGACCAAAUAAAGUACCUAUAUACGCUAUGCUGGUUGUUGCUGUAGUAACGCUGACUUUCAUCAUUACCGGGCAAAUUAAUACACUCGCUCCAAUCGUGACGAUGCCAUUUCUGUUGACAUAUGCCUGCUUAGAUUAUGCAUACUUCGCCCUCGCGCAAACAUUUGAUCUUCGGCAUACGCGGGAACAACGAUUCCGUACGCAGUCUCCAACAUUCGAUCGCAAUUACGGUUCCGCAAGUAGGAACAAUUCAAUAACCGACACAGACAAUGAUUUGGACAGUCUGUUCCCUGAGAGAAUAAGGCAUAAAAAUCUUAUGAGGAACAACAGUAUUUCCGACAAUAACGUAUAUGUGGAUUCGUCGCCGAGCAUCGAAGACAAUGCUAGUGUUUCCAGUACACCGGAACGAAAAGUUCACAUACACAAUAAGUUAGGAAAUUGGUACAGCCCUUUGUGCAAUAGAUGGUUUUCUUUAUUGGGCUGCCUUGUAAAAUUGGUUAUAAUGUUUCUUGUACACUGGGGAUAUGCGAUCGCUAAUAUCGUCGUCGUAUUUCUCGUCUGGAGUUACGUUGGUCACGCUAACCCUGCUGUAAAACCUGGAAUUUCUGCGGAAUUCCAAUUCUUUAAAUGGUUUCGGAUUGCAUUACUUCGAAUUAUGGGGAGGAAAGUUUAUGAUUACGAGCAGAUAGUAGUAACCCCAGUGCAUCCGGGUGUUGAAACGUGUUCAGCUCAAUUGAACGAAGAGAACGAAGAUUUUUCGGGAAGAAGAAGGUAUCAUCAAACCGCUACAGUUACAGGUCAAUACGUUAAUGUUGACUAAACGUAUAAAAUUGCGUGAUCUUUCCAGAAUUAUGAAUCGCGCGAGUUUAUGUACUAUUCCAAUAACGAACGCACGUCUUUUAAAAUACGUUUUCAGUGGCGAGAACAAAUUACGAACAGCAUAUAUAUUAACGGCUAAUAUUUAAUAUUUAAUAUUUCAAGACAUAAGGAGCAGCUUGCGAGCAAUCUUUAGGCAACUAUGAUUUCCACCUCAUUUUAUAACAUUGUCAAUCGCGCAAACAGCUAGUCUAACUUAUUUAAUGUGCAUACGCAUUUAAAGUAAAAUGCAGUAUAAUUGCAGCUUUAUAAGAGCAUUUUAACAAUCAAUGAGACAAUGGAUUAUAUACAAAAUUGAUUGUAUGAAACGUACAAAGAACUGAUGUAAUGGUAGUGUUAGAUUUUUGUAAGUAUUUACUUAUCGCGAUUGGCGUACACAGACGGGGUAAUCUGCUACUAAAAGUAAUGAUUUAUCCUUAUAGUGUCAUUCAACUUGACGGACAUCUGAGAAAAAAUAUUCACUUUACCUUCGUAAUCUCACAUCAAAGACAAUAAGACUAUCUUAUCGUCUUUGAUGUGAGAUCACUUUUUUUUACAAUAUUGAGUUUUUACGUUCGCAGAUAAUCAAGUGAUAAUGGCAAGUACGGCAAUCGCAUCGUGCAUGAAAAUACUCUGUAAAUACCUGACAAUAUAUUUAUCCACUAUUUAACACUUUUAUAAUUCUCGUACAAAUGCACGAAUUUGUAACUACAGAAAGGAAUAUAUAUAUAUAUAUAUGUAUGUGUGAAAGAGAGGUCUAAUAUAAUUGUUGUCAGUUUUCCUGUUUGUUUAUGAAUCGUUUCGCGAAAUCUGCUGAAACAAAUGUUAGCGAAAAUAAAUUUAUUUUUUAUAUAGAAAGAUAUACGAUCCUUUCGAUUGUAUCGAUAACAAACUAAACGAUAGUAUCAAAUUUGAC